AUGGACCUGGAAUUCCAGACCCCGCUGCCUCAAGCGAUCAAGAGACCCCCCGGUACCCCCCCGGACGGUGAAUAUACGAAGAAAGCCAUUCACGACGCGUUCGAGCAGAAUCUCGCGCGAAUCCUGCUGAAUGUCAAGUCGAACUGGCGUUCUUGCACCACCCUCACGGAGUUCGCUGAGCUGGCCGAAAUUGACGACACUCAGGCCGGGCUUCUCGACAUCCUCUGGAGGAAACAAUCUACGAACGUUCUCGUCUACAUUUGGGACAGGGCCAGCAGUUGCAUUGCCAGUGUCAAGAAGCACUUCGAUGAUAAACAGCGUCAAAGGAUCCGCUGGGUUGAUGCUACUCGUGCGACUGAGGAAGAAAAAGACUGGAUGGUUUCAAUCUAUGUCAUGCUGUUGAGAAUACAUGCCCCGGAUCUAAUGCUCGUUAACGAUACCUCGUCUUAUUUUCGCAAGAUGUUACAGCUCAGCCCAGCUGCCCCAAUCACCCCGGCCAUCGACCCUGCUGCACGAAAGGCUGAGAACGCCUUCCACCGCGAAUCGCUCCCAGGACGAGAUGUUGCGACCCCUGUCCUCGAUGCCAUCUUUAAACGAUAUAAGGAGUACGAUUCCCAAUACUUUUUCUCCCCGUAUGCUGCAAUUGUCGGUCCCAGUGGGAUCGGUAAGAGUUUUACCAUUCAGCAGAUAGCACGUUCCGGGACCUAUGUGGUCUACACCUGCUUGGCAAAAGAUAGGUCACAUAGCUAUCCCAGACGGUCUGUCGUAGCCGAUGAAAUUGACGAGUUCACGGAGCGCGGAGAAACAACUAUUUUUUUCGAAUCUUUUUUAGCAGCGAGCCUCUGCAACGUACAGCUUUGCAGAGACCUCGGGAUUUCCCCUCUCGGUCUUUUCGAUAUCCUCGUGAAGAAAAAAUUUGAACGUUUCCAGGAAAAGAUUUGCGAUGUCGUCCACUUUCUCUACGAAAGAGCAAAAGCAUUCUAUAUCGGCAUGCACGGGCACCCACGAGUCAGGUCAGAAGAAAACAUCGAUUAUGGCGACGACGGGUUCUAUCAAGAACAUGUCAACCAUUAUCUCCCUGAUUAUCGGAGAGAAGCGAGGAAGAUCUUCGAAGAAAUCUAUCACGAUUUCGCAAAUGACCCUAUCAAACUCCAGCUCUAUCUGACAGACAAGAGCGGCCUUGCACGAAAAUCUGAUAAACCAGACACCCUUAUGUGCUUCGACGAAGCACGAGGACUAUUUUCCAGAGACACAAAGCUCUCGCAAGAAGCACGCGAAAUGAAAUUCCUGGCUCUUCGGAGAGCAAUGCGGCACAUGACAAAGAUCAGCAAACAUGAGGACAGAAAGCAAUUCUUUGGCCUUUUCCUUGAUACCACUGCAAGAAUGGCCGACUUUACCCCCUCUCAUGGUUAUGAUGCAAGCUUAAAAUGGAACCCGCCCGGAAAAUUGAAGCUGCUGAAACCCAUAUUCGAGCUGGAUUCCUUCGACGUUUUCGGUAUCAGCGAAGAGGACGGCUGGUCGCAGCUGAGGGCAGCAGCAAUGACUCCAGAAUCUGCCGAACUGCCCGGGGAUCUGGUCUAUCUGCUUUCCCUCGGCAGGCCUCUUUGGGGCGCACUUCUUCAGCAACCAGGUGGAGGUGCAGCGUCGGUCCUUGGUGUCGCCGAUACUAAAAUGUUUGGAGGCCGCAUGAGAACUCCAGGUGGUGCAAUCAGUACCGUUGAAGCGCUUGCUCUGCUAUCAUAUCGAGUGAAUUUUUAUGUCGGCAUGCCGGCACUUGCAGACACGCUUACAAUCCAUUAUCUCCGGUAUAUAGUGGGUGUGGAUGAAGACCGGACCUUUAUGCAAACCGCGCAACCUACCGAACCAAUUCUGGCUCACUCUUCAGCUAACGUCAUGCGGCGGGAGCCCGCCAUACGAUUGGAAGUGCUGCGCGCGCUUUAUGACAGUGUAGUCAAGGGCACUAUCCACCUUGGAGAUUUGGGUGAAAUCGCCGCGACAUUGCUCUUGCUGUUCUCGUUUGAUAAGCUUUUUGGUCAGCAAUAUGCUCGACCGCGCCCUAUGAAACUCGCCAGGCUUGUGGAAUCUUUGUUUGGCUCAGACAGCACUGUUCUCGCUGAAGUCGUUGACCGCAUGAACGAUAAUGACAAUCUACAAAUCCUGUGGGGAAAUGGAUGCGUCUUCUUUACUCACUUUGUUCGAUUAUCAGACCCUCCUACGCAUACCAGUCUCCGAAGAGCAUUUUACCGUGGCGCUGCCCUGUUCCCACCGCCAGGAUUCAAGGGAUGUGAUAUCAUAGUCCCAGUGUACCUCCCGGCAUCAAAUACAAUGAGCUAUUUCCUGUUGCAGGUCAAGAAUCGGAAAAACGACGUGAUGUCACCCGCAAUAAAGACUGAAGCGCGGGAUUCUCUCCGGGCAGCCGCAAAGCUUAUGCCUCAGAUAGCAAUGGGGCAUCUGGCAAUGAUGAUGUCCCUCCGCUCGCUGCACAACCAUGAAAGCGCUGUUACCGUAUAUCCGGGUGAGAAUAACAAGUAUAGCCAAAUGCUGCGUUCAGCCACCAAGGACAAAGGCAAAGGCCAAGGCCAAGACAAAGCCAAUGACAAUGGCAAUGGCAAUGGCAAGAGCCAGAGGAAGAGCAAGGGAGAGGUCUAUAAUUUCAACGAUAUGCAUCGGGUCGUGGUCCUUGCCGUGGGCAUGAGUUUAGAUUUGUAUUCGGGACUGGUACAUCCUGCAGAAGAAGACGACGAUGACCAACAGACAUCGGCAGCCAGCCUCAAGACCUUGAAGAAGUUGUUGGCGUGCACCUCUGACGUGAACCUCAACGAGACCAGCAGCUACCAUAGGCAUCUGGGGCCUAUUGGUUAG